GGUAUUCUCGAAAGGCGAUAGGUAUUCUGUUUCGUACGGCAUGGUUAGCAGUGUUAUCGUUGCCGGUAGAACCAGUAGUAGUAAAAGUAUCAGAAGCAGCACCCUCAACAACAAAAAUAGUGAUUGCCCGUAUGAGUUCCUUGUUUGCGGGUAACAACGCGAUUUCGCCGUGGAUUACCAACACCGUCUCUCGUGCCAUUCUUGGAGAGUGCACCCCACCGAGACCACCUCCGGAUCAGGCUUCUCCGAUACAGACUCCACCAGUACCGCACUCCAAGCCUAAACUGGUGCAAGUCGGAAAUCUGCACCGACAGCAACCUUCCGGUCGUUUGUGGUUUGACGCAUCGGACGGCAGCGCUCUCAUUCUCGUCGUUCCGGGAGACGAAGCCGUUCUUCCCGACAGUUUCCAGUCGCGUCAACAACAACCACAAGAGAAGCAAAGUCUCCACAAUCAGGUCAAUCCACAACUGUCACGCGGUUGCGUCGUCCGCAUUACGUCCUGGGUCGUCUCGUCGACGGCCCUGUUGCGUCAACAACACAAAAUACCCGCACCCGGCACCCGGACACCACCGGACGCGCUCUGUUUAUACGUCACGGGGCGUGUCGAGUUUCUCGGUGGAAUUGGGAUGGGAAUCGUGGGGACGCCUAUUCCCGUACACGCCACUAUUGACGUUCGGCGGGCCUUGCAAUCCCUCUCCACUGCCCGCAACCAACAGCAUUCCUCCUCAUCCAACGAUCCGUCGAGCAUCCUGCACCGAAAUUUGCUCCGGGCCGCUGGUAUCACGGUAUCAGUGGACCCCGUGACAGUGAGUAAGGACCAACAUUUGGACGGCGCCGAUGACGGCUCGGACUUGCCGAUCGGAGACGUGGCCUUGUUGUUUGCCGGAACUACCGCCUCCGACGUGACGACUACGUCUACCAAUUUUUCUUCUCAUGCUACGACGGAAUCGGCUCCGGUGACUGCUCUACCUCUCCCUACAACGCAAUCAAAUCCACCAGUGUUGCAACGCUUUCCUUUAGCGUCUGCCUUUAUCCCCAACGUUCCGGUAGACGGCGAUCUACCCAUUGGAGAUGUGGCGAAGCUCUUUGCCCUUCCAAACAACCCCGUACCGUUACUCAGCAACUACCGUGCACCCAAUCAUGCUCGCGCGGAACAGUACCACCCGUCGCAGCAUUCCGCGGUCGCUACGGAUCGCGCCCCUGGGCACUGCGGGACUGCAGCAUCGGGCCUCGCCGCCUUGAAUCCGGCGCAACUACAGACUUUGUUCUCCAACGUCAACGCUGCCGCUCAGGCGCAAGCCUCGGCUCGUGCCGGGAUGCGAUCCGACGAAUACACGCCCGAACCAAACAUGGUCCCCAGCGACGACGGCAUCGAAGAAUCAGAGGCAGAGGUGGGCGACGACAGUGAACCGGAGGACGAGGACGAUGAUUUGGGCAUUGACAACAUGCUCGUGUCGCCUGAAGAAGAGGCCCUGGACAAUCACAAUACGAUGAGGUCAAUUGCCCCGAUUGGCAAUGAUCUGGCUUUACCCGUGGGGAAAACUGCAACGAUGCAGUGGGACGAGACAAUCGCCACGAGCACAACGGUGCCCACUAUAGAUAUGCCACCAUUGGAAUCCUUCCGAACGCAUCUGGAGGAAGUACCCGCGGUAGAAAACGAGAGUGACAAUGAGUAUUUGGAAACACAGCAGGAGGAGGUCUUUGCGACACAAAUGCCUUUGGAGGAGCCACAGCACACAGAAGCGGACUCCGAGGAUGACACGAAUCUCGAAACCCAACCAGAUCCUUGUAUGUUCGCAACGCAGCAACCGAACGAGCCAGAGGAAACGGAUCAAAUCACUACUUCGCCACGGGUUUCGGUCUUCCUAGGAAACGAAACUUCGCUCGAACCGGACGAUGGAGCCGGUUGGCCCACUGUGCGCGUCGCUACGGAAACGGCCACGCAAAACCCCGGACCCCCAACGUGCGGAGCUAUCCUCUCACAAAUAUGCCAGGCUUUCGACAAUGGAGGAUUGGCUACAGCGUGCCGGCAGUCGCAAACCGACCCUGUCGACCGUUUGCUCCAAAAAUCUGCGACUAGAAGGUGACCAUAUACGACUGGUUUGGAUUAGACAAGGUGUGAAGUAGACGGGUAUGAAUAUUUCUUUUUUGAACCUUCAAAUGGAGCCAGAAAAAGUGGUUGUCAUUGUGUUGGGGAAGAUGCAACUUGAGCUGCCUAAUAGUAACAGGUUUCACAUGCCAAUUCGGUGGACCCAUUACCGGGACUCUUCGGGGAACAGUAGUAGUUAUGUUAGAUUACUGCU